AUGGACCGACAAGGCCAAGCAGAGAUUCGCGACAUAUCGCGCGAAUGCGAUCAGCUAUUCACACGUUUUGUCCAGAGGAAUCGACCUGGACGCGUCGCUAUCGAGACUUCUCAACAGCGGUUCUGGGCUUGGUUACACACCUUCAAUGUCUUCUCGAAACAGAACUUGCCACUCGACUCUCAGCUCCAUGGGGAGCAGAGAUUCCAGACCCAACAGCUAGUGCUGCUUCUUCUUGGGGUAUUAAAACAGAAUCUCCUUCUCGCACUGCUGCCUAUACAAGACACCAAGAAGAUGGGUGCGUCGGACAAGAGUGCCACUACUCCUUGCGAUACAUCAAGUGCGCUUGAUAUCGCUCUGUUCGGCAUCGAUGGAUCGCUCAAGAGACUUGAAAAGAUGGUCUUCAUGAUCCAUACAAACGGUGUAGGUAGCCUCGCAAGACGGGUAUUUGCGUACGCCGGUGAAAAGCGAGACAGGCAGUUUGAGAAGCAUGUAGCUCACGUGCUUCAAUCCGGGUUCCAGCCUGUUAUUCCUUCUGGGCUCGGAAAACUCCUCUUUGCCUCUCUUCUACACCGCCACUAUCGAAUCCUUCACGAGCGCAAGAGGGACCGGACAAAUGAGUCCCGCGAGAAGAAAUCUCUCGAAUCAUUGGUAGAGUCUAACACCCCGCAAGAGGUAUUUUCAGCUAGACAUGCCCUUCAAACAUCUCGCGAAUUUCGUAGGCACCUCACGAUUGACACAAAAACCCACACCAACAAACCCCGAAGCAUUAGCCAAACUGGUUACGGGUCCACGCUAGAACAGAGGCUGUCCGCUCUAGACCAGUAUAUGGCGGUUUCUUCGGUAUCCAAAACUGGACAUGUACAAUACCCCAAGGCCCCAGCCCUCACCCCUGGACAGAAGCAAGCCGUUUGUCCGAUCUGCGAAAAACCAUGUGACGCCGAGGUGUUUCGAGGAGGAAAAUGGAGGCAAGUAGCUAGUGGAUCAGAUCUCCUAUGUGCACCACAAGCUGACAGGAACCUUAGAUCUCAUGUGGACCAAGACUUGAAGCCCUACGUAUGCAUUUCUCAGAACUGCAGCAAGAACUUGCUAUUCUUUGCCGACAGUACAUCUUGGAUCCAACACAUGAGGCAAGUACACACGGCCAUGUGGAUUCGUCACCUUCACAAUGAUGUUGAGUGGAAGUGCGCGUUGUCCCAUCCCGGAAAUGCCCUCUACAGCUAUCCUACCGAGGACGGCCUAUUGGAGCAUAUGAAAGCCGAGCACAAGGGCCUCUACAAGAAUGAUGAAGAACUACGGAACCUCGCUGGUAGCGGUCGUGUUCCCAUACCUCGGCCCCUGAAUGUUUGCCCGAUCUGCGGAGAUGAACACAAACACACCAGCCAUCAGGCCGACGAUUCCGGAUAUGGGUCGAAUUUUGAAACCUCAACGCAUGAGAAGCGCUCCAUUCUCCCCUCGGGUCAAUUAGAGAGAAAGAAAUUACCUUCUGAAUCUAGGGCUGGAUUCGCUGUCACACAAGAGACCCGUCAUCAUCAACAGGUGGAGAGGUACAUCGAAAAGCAUCUGAAAGCUCUUGCGUACUACUUUUGCCACUACCUUAUCGAGUCUCCUGAUGCUAAAGACAACUGGAAUGAGGAUCUGGCUUCUCUUCCUGAGUCUUGGGACCCCCCUACACCCCCACCUGGUGAAACUCCUGGUCAGUAUGGAAAGGACGGGAAAUGGUACAAUAGAUGGAAAGACAGAUGGGGAAGAAAACGUAGGCUUUGGGAAACCCUCGACGACGAUAAUGACCAGCUCUGGAGAGGCGAAGUGACUCCUUUAAUUUCGUGGGCUCACGAGAGCUUGAGGGAAGGCCCAUACCUUCCGGGUGCCUCCAUGCGGUCAACCGCCGAUGUUAAGGAAACCCUGCGUCGCUUUAAUGGUAUCUUUUAA